AUGACUCUUGAAUGGUUAAGACAAACAAGUCAAUCAGAACCGAAUCAUAAUGAAAAGCUGGAUGUUUCGGAAUUGCUUAACGGGAAAGAUAGCUGUGAAUAUUUUGUUGAUCCACCUGCCACUUUAGAGAAUACAAGUACCCGAGCGUUUUCUAGUCAUCCAAUGAGGCCUUUCUUCUUGGUUGGUUCAAGCAAUACACACAUUUACCUGUGGGAGUUCAAUAAGGACAAAGCUACUGCUUCAUACGGGGUGCUGCCUGCUGCUAAUGUCCCUCCACCAUAUGCUCUUGCGUCAAUUUCAGCUUUACAAUUUGACCACUUUGGGCAUCAUUUUGCCAGUGCUGCAUUAGAUGGAACUGUCUGCACAUGGCAGCUAGAGGUAGGAGGAAGGAGCAACGUUCGUCCAACAGAAUCAUCCCUCUGCUUUAAUGGCCAAGCAUUGUAUGUAAACUUUGUUUUGUAA